AUUUGCUCUACUUCUCUGCAAUUCUUACAGUUUCCUUCUUUCGCAGAUCAUGGAGAGCCUUCAAGCACGACUGGACACUUACAAGGCAAAACGCACGAAACAGUCAUUAGUGCGAUCCACCUCCAGCAACGCUCCGAAAUGGCCUCACCCUCCUAGCUACUUAGCCACUCCGCGCACGCUUGCAGAGGCAGGAUUCUACUACGAUCCGAGCCCUGAAGAGCCGGACAAUGUGACGUGCUUCGUCUGCGGAAAGGAACUCAGCGAGUGGGAACCUGAAGACGACCCGUUCGAGCUGCAUUACAAGAAGUGCAACCGCAAUUGCGCGUGGGCGAGUGCUAGGUGCGGGAUCGAGCUGGAGAAGGGGAAGAACGGACAGUUUCACUUCCCAGACGCGUCGCGUAUGCCUACGAGCAAGGUUAUGGAGAAAGCACGGUUAGAAACGUUCACGGCGUUGAACAACGGGUGGCCCCACGACGCGACAAAAGGGCACGGUGCCAAUUCCAAGAAGAUGGCGAAGGCUGGCUUUGUUUUCACGCCGGGGCAUCUGGGCGAUGACAGCGCGACGUGCUUCUAUUGUGACCUCGCACUCAACGGGUGGGACGAGGAUGAUGACCCCACUGAAGAACACGUGAAGCGCGUCAACAGGUCCGGCAAGCUCUGUCCAUUCCUGAAUCCAUCCACUACCAAGAGCACACAAGCCAAAGCCCCAUCCCGCGCUACCGACUCGAAACCUUCCUCGCAUGCUAUGCUACCGUCGUCAGAAGACGAACUGGCCGGCUCCAUCGCGUCAGCAUACAAUUCGAACUCCAACGUGUCGCGCUCAAUGAGGAGUUCAGUCAACCGGGCGCCAGCCUCUACAUCGGCAUCCAAGACACCUGCAUCAGGUUCAAGGCGCUCUACGCGGGGGACGGGAAGUCGCACUACACCCCUAGCAGGCUCGGAGGUGUCAGAGACCGAGAACGCCAGCGGGAGCGAGGCAGGCAAGCGGGUGUCGAAGACGAAAGGGAAACGCAAAGGCACCGCCGCCUCGAGCAAGGCGAAGGAUCGCAUGCAGGUGGUCGAAGAGGAAGUGGAACCUGUUGUUGACAGUGGCGGGAGGGACGAAGUGGCUGAGGCGGAGCCACUCCCCAAACCUAAACGGGGACCUGGGCGCCCCCCAAAACACAAGAAGCCGGAGAGCGUCGCGGAGGAGAUUGAGGUAGAGCCGGAGCCCGCGAAAGAGCCUGCGAAGAAAGGCCUUGCGCGGACACGGUCGAAGGCGAACCUCGCGUCGGACUCGGACGUGCCCCAGUCGCUGACUUCAGGCUCGAAGUCGGGGUCCAGACGCAAGACGACGGCGAAGGCGAAGGAAACGCCUAUACCGGACACGGAGGAUGAACAGAUCCAGGAAGUGCCUGCAGCAAAGCCUGGGCCUGGGAAGAGGCAGACGAGGAAGGGCGAGGACUCCGAGCCGCCUAGUGGCGCUCCGGGUCCUUCUCGGGGCAAGGGCGUGAAGGGACGUACUGUGUCUCGAAGCAAAGCGAAGCAGGUCACACCACCGGAACCUGACAGCGACGUCGAGAUGCUGGAGGAAGAACCUAUGAAAGCCACAGCGAAGGCUACCAAGGCCAGGACCGCAAAAGGCAAGGCACCUGCCAGACCCCAAGAGGAUGUAUCGUCUGCCUCCGACGACGCUGGAUAUGCGACUGCGGAGCCUCCAAAACCGCGCAUUUCGAAAGGGAGGCCCUCCAGGACUACGGACGAGGCGCCAACGAAGCAUCGAGGGCGUGUUCUUUCGACCGAGGAUGAGGGCGACAGUGACGUGGUCAUGACCGAUCACGCACCAGCGCAGCCCAAGGACGAAGUCAGACGUAAAGACUGGCGGAGCCCCCCGCGCUCGACGUCCUCAGACGCUGCGGGUCAUCGUCAUCCUGCCAUCAAAAAACUCUCUCAUGUCAGUGGGAAGUCGAAAGUGUCGCAGACAACGCGAUCGAGCACCAGCACGGUCAACAGCUCGCGGACCAAGAUUGUCGAGAUAUCCGACGAUGAAGGGGACGAUGUUCCGCCUCAGCGUGAUUUACGCGAGACGGGAGCAGCAUCGGCCGCUGCAACGAAGGGAGGCAGGAAACUGCAGCCAGAGGUUGUCGUCAACAAACGGCUGUCGCAGACGUCUGCAGCGUCGGAGGCACCAUCAUCGAAGGGGAGGGCUAAAGCACACGUCGAUGCGAUGCCCUCGCGAUCGUUCCAGUCUCCUACCAGUCGUACUUCAACCGGAUCGAGUAAAGGGAAGAAGGUGCAGGUUGAGGUGCUUAUUCCAACGCGAACAAGUACCGGUAGUAGGAGCUCUGCAAAAGGGCCGGGUGGACUUGUCGCUGCAAUCAACAGCAAGCACGUAGCAGAGGCCUCCGCCUCAACGCCGCCACCCUCUGAUCCCUUCAGAGCGGUCACGCCCCCACCCGCGUCUCCUCCUGCGUCGACCUCACCAGAAGACAAUCCGAUGUCUGAGCCGGAUGAUUCAUUCCCCUUCACACCGAUGCUGCCCAUGGUGCCCGUGCACCGGCUGGACGUGCUGACGGAGGAGGAGAGUUCACUGACGGUGGAGCAAUGGAUUCGCCGCGAGAUCGAGGCAGAAUGUCGACUGCUAAAGGAGGAGGCAGAACGGCGGAUUGCUGCGGUUAGGGAGAAGGCGGCGGAGGUGAGGAAGGUCGUUGAGGCGUUGUGAUCGUGUUGCUGUUCGCUGUUACUGGUCGUAGUCUCGCUGUCGUAUCGCUGUGUAAUGCAUGUGAGAGCUUUGAUGG